GCUGGACCACAUCAUCGAGGACGCACUCGUCGUGUCGUUCUGCCUCGGAGAGAAGGUCUUCUCGGGGGUCCUCAUGGAUCUGUCCAAAAGAUAUGAAGUGCAGAGACUCCCACUCAAGGCUUUCCAUUCUGUUUCCUGCAACAGCACACACUGAUGAUGUCUCGCCUGUUUUUUGGGAGGUUUUUUUUUUGGUACUGGGGGAUCAAACUAGGGACCUUCUGAUGGAAGGCGGUGAAACCGCUGAGCUAAAUCCCAGGCUCUCUUGCCUGUUUGGAAAUGGCUUGUGUUUUACUUUUAAUUCCUUGUCUCCCUAUCAAGACACAAGAAUCCCUUAGGGCGGGGGAUUUAGCUCAGUGGUUCCGCCGCCUGCCUCGCAAGCCCAAGGACCGGAGUUCGAUCCCCCGUACCAAAAAAAAAAAAAAAAGACAAAAGAAUCCCUUCUCACUUGGGAAAAAGCCAUUUAAAUCAUGUUGAAGGUGUGGUGUUUGGGGGAAAAAUGUGGAGCCUUUACAAUUGCUCUAUGUGGUUUUAACCUUGUUUUUUUUCUUUUAAUAAUUUUGGGUUGGUUUUUUGCACUUUUGCUUUCAUAGUUAGAAAGCAGGAUACAAGUAUGCUUUCUACUGAUGUAUUUAUUUAAUAGCAAGAGAGACACUCCUGUGUAUGCUAUUGAAUCAAACAGAAGAGGAGGCCAGUGACUGUGUGAGAAUCUGAAUUUCAAAUCUGCAAAAGAAAGGUCCAAAAAGGUUUGGGCCCCAUGGGAUCCCCGUGACAGUAUUUCCCAAAAGGGAAUAUAAGGAUAAACCGGAAGCCAUGCAGCUCCCAAGUAAUACAUUCCAAGAAGGGACAGAAGUCAAGCUUGAGGCGAAUGGUGCUGUUCCCACUGACCCUUCUCCUGUCCCUGUCUCCCCUCCUGAGCCGAGUGUGGCGGAAAGUCUGUGGACGUCCAAACCACCACCUCUCUUCCACGCUGGAGCGCCUUACCCUCCCCCUUUGUUUAUCAGGGACACCUACAACCAAUCAAUACCUCAGCCCCCUCCUCGAAAAAUAAAGCGGCCCAAGCGAAAAAUGUACAGGGAAGAACCCACUUCGAUAAUGAAUGCUAUUAAGCUGCGACCCAGGCAAGUCUUGUGUGAUAAAUGCAAGAACAGUGUUGUUGCUGAGAAAAAGGAAAUCAGAAAAGGUAGCAGUGCAAGUGACCCUUCAAAAUAUGAAGAUAAAAAGCGGAGAAAUGAAAGUGUGGCUACUGUGAACAAAAAACUGAAAACUGAUCCUAAAGUGGAUGGGAAAAACCAAAACGAAAGCCAGAGAAGAAAUGCUGUGGUUAAGGUAUCAAGUAUUGCUCACAGUAGAGGCAGAGUAGUAAAAGUUUCUGCUCAGGCAAAUACAUCAAAAGCUCAGCUAAGUACUAAAAAAGUGCUCCAGAGUAAGAACAUGGAUCAUGCAAAAGCUCGGGAAGUAUUGAAAAUUGCCAAAGAAAAGGCACAAAAGAAGCAAAGUGAAACCUCUACUUCCAAAAAUGCACAUUCAAAAGUCCACUUCACACGGCGGUAUCAGAAUUCUAGCUCAGGUUCCCUCCCUCCUCGUGUUCGCUUAAAACCACAGCGGUACAGGAAUGAAGAAAAUGACUCCUCUCUGAAGACGGGACUCGAGAAAGUGCGGAGCGGCAAGGUGGCACCCAAGCCCCAGUCUCGCUGCACCUCCACCCGCUCAGCAGGUGAGGCCCCUUCCGAAAGUGAGAGUCCCUCAGAAGGCCCCGAAGAGGCCAGCAGUGAGGUUCAGGACACGAGUGGAGUGCAUGCGCCUGGUGGGCAGGAUGAGCCGCAGACACCGGGCACAAAGGGCACCGAGAGCAAUAUGUCUGUUUACGUGGCCCUAACGCAAAAGAAGUGCGACUCUCCCAGUGCUUCGGUGUGUAGCGCUGAUAGCUCAGAUGGUUUGAAGCCUUCCAACUCUGAGUGUAGCUCUUCUGAAAGCCUUGACUUUCCUCCAGGCAGGGUGCAUGCGCCUUGCACCUCCUCUGCUUCCUCCUCUUCAAAGGAAGAGAAAAAGUGCAGUAAUUCCUUACAAAUGAAAAUCUUUUCCAAAAACGUCUCUAAAUGCAUCACACCAGAUGGCAGGACCAUAUGUGUAGGGGACAUUGUUUGGGCCAAGAUCUAUGGCUUCCCUUGGUGGCCAGCCCGUAUUCUUACUAUAACUGUGAGCCGGAAAGAUAAUGGCCUUUUAGUCCGACAGGAGGCCCGGAUUUCAUGGUUUGGGUCUCCAACCACUUCUUUCCUUGCUCUUUCGCAACUCUCCCCUUUUUUAGAAAACUUCCAGUCACGCUUUAAUAAGAAGAGAAAGGGCCUGUAUCGCAAGGCCAUCACAGAGGCUGCUAAGGCGGCCAAGCAGCUAACCCCCGAGGUGCGGGCUCUGUUGACACAGUUUGAAACGUGAACAUGGACAGUGAGGUAGGCAAGAAUCAUUGUGAGGCGCCAGUUUUCUAGGCUAGUUAGGAAUAAUUUCUACAAAAUAGGUUGGCCAAAUUGGACAGAAAAAUUGCACUCAGUUGGCUGUCUUUUUAUACUUACUUACCUUAUAGCCAUUUUUAGACUGAGAAGUUUCAAACUGAACAGGCAGUCACUCAGAUUUGUCUUCAGGAAGUGAGAUUUUAGUAGUAUUUUCCAGGUUUGAAAUCUGAAACCAUCCCAAGGCACAGAAGCCAUAGCCUCAGCUGAAACUGAAUGUUUGCAGGGACUGUUAUUUUUUGUACCUAUUAACUGUAUAUACACUCACACUCAGACACAGACACAAUACUGUCUGUCACUAUGUGACACAGGUUGCAUAUUUGAGUUUUUAGUAAGAGAUGAUGAGCUGGGGGAAGAGGGAAUAUUUAAUGACUACUUGUUUUUUAAAUUAACAAACACUUAGCCUUUCUGUGCGUAUAAUGGUAUAAAAGUUUCAUAUGUGGGUGUUUGACAAACUGAGAUGCUUGCUGUUUAUUCAGUUACAGAGGGGAAGUAGUCCAGUGUUUGCUUCCAAGUGUUAGAACUGUUGGUCAGGUUUGAACCAUCACUCUUUUGUUCAGUGGGGACAUAACUAACUUUCAAGCUUUUGGUUUGGGAGUUUAGGUAGGUUUGAUUUUGGAUAUGUAAAUAGUUGGUUACUAAAUUUGGUCAGAUUUCUCCUGACUGGUUGUUCCUAAAUUCUUAGGAUACGUCCUAGUAAAUUACACUUUGUGAAUUGUCAUGUGUAAUUGUUGCAUUUCGGAUGUACCUAAUUUGAUAAUUUUAAAAAAAUAUUUCCACUUAAGGUAUCUGUUUGCAGGUCAGAAAAUGAGAAAUGUAAUUGUGUAAUGCUCUGAAAUGUAAAAAACAAAACAAAAAAUCUGUAAAUAAAAUCAACUAAAUCCAAAUUAUUUGUGUGUGUUUCUCAAAAAGCUUUGAAAAAUUUCAAGAUGGUAGAAAAUUAUUCUUUGUAAUAGUGUUUAGAAAAGGCGGAAGACCAAACAUUUAGUUUCCUGUUUGCUGUCAGGAAAUAUAUUAUCUGAGAAUAGUUAUAAGUCAGAUAAUAUGAGGUUGAUCAGUAUAUUCUUAAAGUGAAGUUUUGUAGAAUAGAGGUAUGAUGUGCUUCUAGAGUUCAACUCCCACCAACUUGCCAUAAAUGAGUAGGAUUUAAUUUUCCAUUUUUAGCCUUCAUAGUUCAUCACGUGCUUCUUUUUCUUUUGUACAUUUGGGUAAUUAUAAUCUGUCUCUUUCCUGUUUUGUUUUCUGCCUCAGGUAUGACUGCUUUUGGGGCUGGUAACUUAGCUUGUUAUUUUUCUAUGUGGUCCAUGUGUCCCUAAGAUUUGAUUCCUUAUUUUCCACUUGUAGCUUUGUAUUGUUAGCAAAAAAUGAAAAAUAUAUCUGAAUUCCUGUGGAGGCAAGUUUAUCCUCAGAUUUCUUAAAGUUGCUUUCAAACUUUUUUGUGUCUGACUUAAAUUUGGUGUGAUUUCAGUCAGUUUGACACUUUUGGAAACUUGAAACUUAAAGAAGGCAACUUUUUGUGGAUUUCUAAAUCCAGUCUGGAAUAUAUUAGUUACUGUGGAAUUAAUAAUGAAGAUUAUUAGACAAUGGAAAUCAAUAGGCUUCUGUCAGCUCCUUUUCGGUUUGGACUUCUUUGAUUACCAUUUUCUGCAAAAACAAGUAGAACUUCUUUUGGGGAAUUCAGUCAAUGCUUUUUGAUUUUAAUAAACACACAAGUUUAAAAAUAUUUCACUUGACUAGAACAUAUUUCUUUCCUGCAAACAGAAACAACUAUUUUAAAUUUCUCUGAUUAUAAUAGGUUGAAAUACGUUCACAGUGUGAUGGAGGGGCUAUAAGGGAAGUAUCUUCAGAGAUUUUUUGGAUAUGUUUCAAGUUAAUGAACUUGUUCAUUCAGGUAUUUAAAGUUUGAAAUCUACAGUUCAGAAAGCUUAGAAAAUAAAAUUCUCAGGCCUUGCAAUCUGGGUGAGAUUUAUGAUACUGAUUUUGAAAGUGGGUAUUGCUAAUAGGUGCUUUGGCAGGUGUGCUAUUACAGUAUAAACCAUAUUUGGUUUGUUUCAGAAGCCAUGGGGCAAGGGAGAAAGAAAGUGAUAAAAUCAUGAUUGUGAAAUACAAAAAACAUUCAGUUUUGUCUUCCAUACCUUUGAAAAGCGAAGCCCAAUCACAAGUUUACAUAGUCUAAUUUUCUCAAAUGAUCCAUCCAUUUGAACUUUCAGUCUGGCAUAUUUCACCUGAAAUUCAAUAGGAAAACAAGUUUAAUAAACUAUAAUCUUAAAAUAUAUUUUCUAUACACUGAUAUAGUAGCUGUAUAUUUAAAAGUGU